AUGGGUCGUGGUCCAAAGAAGCAUCAGAAGCGUCUCAGUGCGCCUUCGCACUGGUUUUUGGACAAGCUCUCGGGUGCCUACGCUCCCAAGGCAUCGCCUGGGCCUCACAAAAGCCGCGACUGCCUCCCCUUGAUCAUCCUCCUCCGAAACCGCCUCAAGUAUUCCCUGAACAAUCAAGAGACCAAGAUGAUUGUGAUGGACCGUUCGGUCAAGGUCGAUGGCAAGGUCCGAACGGACAUGACCUACCCUGCGGGCUUCAUGGACGUGAUCUCGAUUGACAAGGUUGGGGAAUACUUCCGUCUGAUCUACGAUAACAAAGGCCGCUUCGCCAUCCACCGCAUCCAACGGGAAGAAGCAGAAUACAAACUCGGCAAGGUCAAGAGAGUUCAACUUGGCAAAGGAGGAAUCCCAUACUUGGUUACGCAUGAUGCUCGCACUAUCCGAUACCCAGAUCCAGCCAUCAAGGUCAACGACACAGUCAAGAUCGACCUCCGCAGCGGAACGAUUACCGACUUUAUCCGAUUCGAUACCGGUGUGAUAGCUAUGGUUACUGGCGGUCGUAACAUGGGUCGUGUCGGUGUCAUUACGCAUCGCGAGAGACACGACGGUGGCUUCAACAUUGUACACAUCAAGGAUAAGGUUGACAACUCGUUUGCGACCCGAGAGAGCAACGUCUUCAUCAUUGGCAAGGAGAGAGAGUGGAUCAGUCUGCCCAAGAACAAGGGUAUCAAGUUGUCUAUUGCCGAGGAGAGAGAUCGUCGCCGUGCUGUUCAGAUGGCCAACUCUCGAGCGUAG